AUGGAAUUUGAUAUGUCUGAUCUUGGAAUGAUGCAUUACUUUCUGGGCAUAGAAGUGGUCCAAUCUCCUGUUGGCAUUUUUAUGUCACAAAAGAAAUAUGUGCGAGAUAUUUUAGACAGAUUUCGGAUGAAGAAUUGUAAUUCCGUUAGCACUCCAACUGAAAUAGGAUUAAAGCUCAUCAAAGAUCCUAAAGGAAGAAAGGUUAACAGCACGCUUUACAAGCAAAUUGUGGGAAGUUUACUGUAUUUAACUGCAACCAGGCCAGAUAUAAUGCAUGCUGUAAGUCUCAUUAGCAAGUACAUGGAAUGCCCAAGAGAGAUGCAUCUUCUAGCUGCCAAAAGGAUUUUUAGGUACUUGCAAGGUACCGUUGAUCUUGGGUUGUUCUACAAGAAGGGAGAAAAAUCACAUCUAUAUGGCUACACGGACAGUGAUUAUGCAGGAGAUCCUGAUGAUAGAAGAAGCACAUCUGGGAGUCAGUUGUGGUGUUUUACCUAUUCAAUAGGAGUAUCCCAGGGAAUGGCUGAUCGAGUCUAUCUUAGUCUCUUGCCUACAAGUGAGGGUAGUUGGGUUACUGCUGCAAGGGCAUUGAGAUUCUUGAAAAUGGCGGGUACUUCUUCCCAUGGCGGAGGUUUUCCAGGUUUAUAUCCGUUAUGUUUUGCCAUUGUUGAUAGUGAAAGUUAUGACAGUUGGCAUUGGUUCUUGUCAAAGUUAUUUGUUAUUUUGACUCCAGGAAGGGAUAUUGCGUUUGUUACUGAUCGACAUGGAGGUUUGCUAAAAGCUUUAGCUGAGGUCUUUCCAUUUUCUUCUUAUUCUUUUUGUCUGAUGCAUUUGAAGAUAAACUUGAAGGCUUAUUUGUUAGUGAAGAGUCGUGAAUCUAAAGAGUAUAUGCUUACUCUUUUUAGUAGAUAUGCAUAUACUCCUACUAUUGAGUUGUUUAAUGAGCUAUUUGAAGAAUUUAAGGAUUGUUGUGGUCGUAGUGUUGAGAAGUUUCUUGAGGAUUUGACUAAUGAGUGUUGGUGUAACGCUUAUUUUCAAGGCAAGAGGUAUGGUGAAAUGUGCACAAAUGUUGUGGAAUCUUUUAAUUCAUGGAUUACGGAUGAACGCCAUUUGUUUUCAACUAGUCUUGUUGAUGCUAUACGGGUGAAACUAAUGGAGCAAUUUUCAAAAAGGAGAGAAGUUGGGAAUAAGUGGAAUUGUAUUGUUUGUCCUUUUGCAGAGAAAAAGUUGGAAGAAGCUUUUAAUGAUACAAAAGCAUGGAUAGUUAAGAAAUGUAGCGAUGACAUUUAUGAAAUCUAA